UCGACCGAUCCGCCAGCCGUGUGAGUGAUUGUGCUAUUGUAAAUUGUACCCUUAAAUAAAGGAGAUAAAGUUCAAAAUGUCCGCAUCACCGAUCGCAAGGCAAGCGACCAACAGUCAGGCCAUACCGCCAAGGAGAGUCCUCAUCACGGACCCGGCGCAAAUGCCCGAUGUCUACUCCAGUACACCGGGAGGCACCAUCUACUCUACCACACCCGGAGGAACCCGUAUAGUAUACGAGAGGUCUUUUCUCAUGUCGCUUCGGCAGUCGCCGAUAUCGAAGACUCCUCCCAAGUGUGCAUUACCAGCUGCAUUAUUAAAGAACCCACCGACUUCGCCCUCGCAGGUGCUUCCUGCACAGAAACCGCGCUCGAAUUCCAUCUCCUUCGAUGAAUCCCAGGAGACUUUCAGUAUGGAUCUCUAAUUUAGUUUUAGUUGAUACAUAAUAGAGUAAAGGAAUAAGAAUGACAAGAACUUGUCGUAAAGAAGCCUAAGCAGAGGCAAUUGAGAGAGUUGUUAAUAAUUCUUUGGAAAACACCACUUUUGAUAGCGUUCAUCAUUGAAUGCAUAAAGAAGUUUUAUUUGGGGGGUCUUCACUGACUUCUUGUGUAUCUAUUCUUUUAACUUGUUAUGGGUGAUCUAUAAGUGUAGGUACGUUAUUGAUAUUGCUUACUUUAGGUUCAAAGGGCUACGUAAAAGGUUUUUCGUUGAUUAAGAAUGCUUCGUUAUAUUGGGUAGCUUCCGUCGUCCAUGGUUUUGAGAAGAGUGAGAAUGGUAUUCACAAAAAUUCCUAAGUCAAACCAAAAUAUACAAUCGAAAUGUUGCCAAUUUAAGCUUACGAAGAAAUUAUUUUUUAAAUUAAAACUAUGCAACAGAACUGGUUACUAUAUCUAAAAUAUUGGUUUUUGAAUCGUUAAUUUUCUAGUCCUACUAUAUUGACGGAACAUUUGAAGAGUAGUUUAUCAACCAUAAAAGCAAUUUUUUAUAUCUCAGUUUGCAUAGAAUUUUUGAAUUUUAAGUUUGACAAAAUAAAUACUUACCUAUUUUUGUAGUUGUAAAUGUUAGAUAUUUAAAACCGCGUGACUGAAACGGUUUUGCGUUGGAAACGCAAUCCUUUGCCUUACCAAAAAUAUAAAUUAUUAAUGGAAUAGUUGCUGGGUGCAAUGGUUAUUUACUUAUACAGCUUCAAGAACUGAACGACCUUGUUAUGUAUACCGGCUACACAAAGAAUUUCUUGUAGUAGGCACGUGUAUUUUUAUGACUCAUAUUGGGUUAAAAGACAGACAGCUGUAAAAACAUGUUUUGUUGAAUAUAUUUCAUUAAAAAUACCCUUGGUAGAAAUAUAUAUCACUUAUUAAAGCUUUUGACACAGUUUGGCAUAUUUAUUUUCUUAUUGUUUAGUAUAAAAUAAUACGGUCUGUUGAGAUUUUUGAAUAUGCAUAUUUUUUAUAUAUGCAUUUGUGUAGUGUCUCACAAGGUGCUAUUCUUGGAUCUAUUGUUCUAUAGUAGAACGAAUCGAUUUAGUGAGCACAUGAAAAUUUGAGGUUGUAAAAGUUGUAAUUGUUUGAAAUUUGCAAUUAAUUAAUGACAAAAGGCGAAGGAUUUAUUUUGUAAAUAGACUGGACUGGGCGUUUGACGCACAUCGUAGUAAUAUAAAAUGAGUAUUUCUCUGUAUUUUUAUACGCAAGUGCCAUUAUAGCAUAGAAGAUAAUUUUAAGAUGAUUUACUUCUAUUAAUGGCGUUGCAAAAUGCGUAAUCUCGAGUGUGUGAGAUAUUAGUCUUAAGUCUUAUAAUUAUGUGUUAUAUCUAGGUCACAUUUUUGAUGCAUUGAAAAUAUAUCUGUUUUUAAAACUGACCUUGUUGCUAUAAAUUAUUGUAAACUUAAAGCCACUGCCUUAAUCUGUUUUAUGAAAUACAUGUUUUUUUUUUUUAUAAUUAAACAACCACAUUGCUUAUCUUUAUUAUGGAGAUCUAAGCUAAGCAUUUGAUAGUGUUAAUCGUGAAUUCAACCCAUUGGCUUACGGAGUUGCAUAUAAACUAAAGUACGGCUUAAGUUUUUAGUAUUAAUUCAUGGAAAAUUACUUAGCAUAAGAUGCUAAGUAAUUUUCCAUGGAUUAAUAUAUAAAAGAGGACUAUUGACAUAAUUAUGCUUGUUUUUUGCUAUUGACAUAAUAUUGAUUGUUGUUGACCGAAAUGUUAUUAUGUCUUCCCGUAAUGAGGGGUGAUGGUUUUACUGCUAACAAUGACGUCCACAAUGCGAGGGUGAAUGUUUUACGCAAAUUAAAUUUGCAUACACAUUAACAUUUUCAAAUACUAGGUUUGUCUGUUCCAAAGUAUAGGUAACUAGAAUAUCCAUAGUAUUCAUAUUUUUGAAAUUAUCUGCCUAAAUUAAGUAAUUUGUUUCAGAACCUGUUAGUUAUUUUCUUGAAUGUAAUUAGAACUCAAAAAUAUUGUCUUUGUUUUGUUAGUUACAAACUCAAUUCUAAAUUUAUUUCGAAGUUACUAUUAUUACGAUGGCAAUUCAGUUUGUUAAUGAUAAAUAUUGUUGAAAUAUUCGGUAAGCGUUAAUUGAAAAACUGUUGUUUUUGCAUUCAAUUUGUUUCAAAGCAUUUACUAAUAAGGAGUAAAGUAAAGUCUCUCUGUAUACAUGAUAAUAUUAAAGAUAAUUGUUUUAAAUAAAUAAUACUGUUGCUCUUAAUAACAGUCAAUUUAAAUGCUUACUAUGUUUUAAGAUCGUAUUGAAUAAAUACUGUACAAAUAUCUACAGUUGACUGCUUUUUGUUUACUGAAUUUUAAGAACAACGAUCUAAUGAAGAAGUAAUUUGCCGAAACUCCAUAUUACCAUAUUCAAGCUAUGAAUUAUUGUUUGAUCAUCAAUGAUUAAGUAAAACUACAUUUAGAAUUAUUUUACAGGAAACAUUUUAAACAAUACUUGCAGGACUAGCACGGGCAGGAGACAAAAAUUAUAUCUCCGGAUUAUAUCCCUUGACAAGUGAUAUAAUUAACUUGUCCACCU